UCACCCAUACACUAACUAGACUAUAACCUGCUUCAGACGACGCCCCAUAGCCCAUGAGAUUUGCAGCGAGAGCGGUGCCACCUACGUCGUGCGUCUUUCUCGCUCCAGAGGAAACCAUCGGGGUCUUAGUGUUAUUAUUAUUAUUAUUAUUAUUAUUAUUAUUAUUAUUAUUGGGCUGUGCGCGCGAGCAGCCCGCGGCAUCACCUCGGCAAUAACAGACGAGGUGCCAGUCAGAAGAAGAAGAAGAAGAAGAAGACGAAGAAGAAGAGGAGGAGGAGGAAGAAGUGAAGGAGGAGAGGAAGGGGUGACAGAGUAUUCUGAAUUGUCGCUCAGAAAUAAACAAGAAGACACCCUGUUUGGGAAGACGUCUGCGGCGGGAAGCGAACGGGAUCUGCUACUGAGAUGGCUGAGGUGUCACAAGAGGAGAGACUCCAGGCCAUCGCUGAGAAAAGGAAGAAGCAGACAGAGAUUGAAAACAAGAGGAGGCAGCUGGAUGAUGACCGACGGCAACUCCAACAUCUCAAGUCGAAGGCACUGAGGGAGCGCUGGUUGUUAGAUGGAGCUCCAGCGGAGGAGGAGACUCAGAAGCGUCUGCAGGAGGACGAGGUGAAGACCAAACUUCUGGAGCAGGUCAUCCUCAGGCUGGAGCAAGAGAUUGAAGAACUGGAGACAGGCGUACCAGCCAAUAAGGGUGUGGCCAAAGAAAAUGGAGGUGAAAAUGGAGUAGUGCAGACCUCUGGUCAGACCCCCAAGAGAGAGGUGACAGGGAUUGAAGCCAAGCUGCUGGGUCCCAGUCCUGACCAAGCUAGCGCAGACAACCCCGUCACCCUGGUGUUCAUGGGCUACAAAACCGUUGAAGAGGAGCAGGAGACCCGCACAGCCCUGGGAAUGGAAGGGGUAGACGGCAACGUUAAGGCUGAGUUUGUUGUGAUUGAGGAUGGGGAAGGGAAGGCGGGAGGAGAGGCGGCCACAGAAGAGCAGGCUCCACCCAACGGUAGCAUGGCAGAGAAAGAAAAGGCCAACGGAGGUGGGGAGGAGGCAGAGAAGGAAAAGGAGAAGAAACAGACCUGCAAAUGCUGCACGGUCAUGUGAGCUGUGUGUGUGUAAGCUGUGUGUCAGUGUGGAUGUGUGUGUGGAUGAGUACACAUCUGCACCUGUGCAGACGUGUGCCAUUGCAUGUGUCUGUAUUCGCAGAUGUAUGUAACUUUGUUUCUGUGUGUGUGUGAGUGUGUGCGUGUGUGUAGGUGUGUGUGUGUGUGUGUGUGUGUGUUUGUGUCAGGACUGGAAAAAAAACAAAAACCGAAAUACACGGCCAAUAUACCAACAAUGAGAGCCAAUACAAGCUCCAGCUACAACAACAAGAACCACAAAGACUCAUAAGUACAUUUUACUCUGUAUACUUUCUCUGAUAUGUAUUUGACUUUUGAUUUCUAUUGAUAUUUUUCUAUUUUUCUGUCUUGACAUUUAUAUUGUAUUCAGUAUGUAUAUCUUUAUUAUGGGACUGUGUACUGUAAGUUCAUUGUUAUUAUUGUUGGAAAAAAAGAAAAUGUAUUAGCUCUCUGGAUUGUACUGCUGCCCACUGGGGAAAAAUCUGGAAACUUUAAAUCAUUUAAGUCAAAACAGCAAACUAUGAAGGACACAGAUACUUAAAUAUAUAUAUUUCUCUGUGUAGGCCAACCAACUAUUUAUCAGUCAAUUUCAUAUUACAAUAUUGUCUAAGAUAUUAUUUUAAAUAGUAUUUUAAUAUAUUGAUAUGAAAUUAUGUUUUAUACAAUGUAUUUAUUGUUUUUGGUUCUCUAUAUCAUCUCCAACCAUUAACUGCAUGUAAGCUUGUAAGCACUACCAGAUUUGCAUUACAAUCAUUACAAGUGUCUGUGCUUUCUUAGACUCACAUGUGCUCAUAUCUUUAGUCACACAAGUCUUUCUAUCAGUAACAGUAAAUGUAAUUGGCAGUGUUAGAGAUAUGCAGUUAAGUUUUAAAAGAAAUCUACAGCACGGAGAUAAGAGGCAAAUUAAAACACUGGCCAUGUUGCAAACUGUAUUAGCUUCUCAUAGAUGCUGUAUGUGUCACAUGUACAUGAAGAUCACAGCUUUUGUAUUUUUUAAAUAAGAUGGACACACUCACUUUAUGAUCAAUAGAGUCACAACAAACCAUUGCGCAAUGAUUAGAAAUGCUUAAAUAAUUUUGCUCUCUCAACAGUAGAAUCAAUGUAAAUCUUAUGAGGUAGCACUGCAUGAAGCCUUGCAACAUUUUUGACUGUCUUGUCACUUGUUAGGUCUUUAUUAUAUGCUAUCACGUUCACAUGAAUGUAAGUCCAGGGGUUAAAUUGGGAUAUGUUCUGCCGUAAUAAGAAGAGACGGGCUUGCUCAGCUCACCAUAAAAAAAAAAAGAUUAUUGUCUCUUUAUGAACCAAAUAAAAUCUGAUGAUUCUGUAAUUUCACUGUGUGUUGGUCGGCUGCUGGUUUCUGUCCUGCUUGCUCCCAGUUUAACCCCUGACGUUUUGUCUGUAGACCUGGCCCCAGUAGCACUUGAAUAGAUUUACAGAAAAAGAAGAAAUAUUUGGGACAUUUGAAUAGACUUUUUACACAAAAAAUACUAAUCCCUGGUGACCUUAAAUCCUUUCAGCCUAAGAAGACUAUAUAAAGAAUUUAGUUGUUCCCAGGUAUCCAAGCUUUUUAGUAAUUAUUGUGUUAGCAAUAGUCCAUAUUCUGUAAGGAUAAAUAGUCUAACAAUUUUAAACUGUGCAGGUUGCUAGCAAGAUAAAUCGUGCAUAAACACUAUAGCAAUUCAAAGCCUGGAAAGACAUGUGAAAUACAUUUCACUAGUUUUUCAGUCCUAGUCUCCUCAUUUGUCUGGCAGACAGUAGAGGUCAUGGAUGGUCUGGGUCAGUGCCACCACUUCUUCCACUCCCCUCAGGCUCAUCCAUGUCUCUGAUUUAUCUACACACCAUCACCAUUAUCUCAUUAUCACACUGUCUCAUCCUCAUCAUCAAACAUCCAUGGCUCCACCUUCUCUGUUCGGAGACACGCAGUUCAAAAAAACCUCUGAAGUUGGUGCUAAAUCCUGAGUCUCGUGUAAUACUCUCCAUCCACCAACUACUGUUCAGCUCAUUCCCUCUGUUUUACUCAAAUGGCUGGUGAGGGGGAUUGUGGGAAUCUACAGCCUCCUGCAUACAUUUGUUAAGUAAGAGUCUUUUGCAACCUUCAGUGCCAGAUGCAUUUUCUCAAGUCCUGCCUACAUUUACCACCAGAGAAAUGAUCCCUUCUAACAUUCCAAAGGGAGGCAAACAGGCGUGGACAGAUGAAACAUAGUCUAUGCUCUCCAUGUGUACAGUUCCACUGUAAUUGUACAACUUGCAAUUUUCUUUAUUUCUUAUAUUGACUCUCAUGUUUUUUUUUUCUUUCCUAUGGCCUCUUUGCAAGGCAGUAUAUUGUAUUUGAUGUGUGUAUUUUUUUAAAAAACCUGUGUAUUGUUGGUGCCUUUGUCAGGUUCAGUUGGUUGGACUUGUCUGUCUGCCGCCAUUUUUAGACCGGGCUUUUUCUUGCUCUGCUCCUGGUCAUGAUGGCCCACUGGAAACACUGCCUUCUUCUCUGGAGGGUCACUACACGUGUAUAGGAAAAUAUAACACUAAUUUUUCACUCAAUUACUAUAAAUAAGCGCAGCUCAGAUGGUAGGUGUAAAAUGCAGACUACUGUUGGUGUCUUCAAAAAAUGUUUGUAUCCUGUGCCCUAUUUUAACUUUUUAAAAUUGUUUAAUUUCACUAAACUGACAGAAUAUUUUAUUCCACACCUACAAGAAACUUAUCAAAAGCUAACCUACAUGAAAUGUUUUUUCAACAAUUUGGGGGAUACAAACGUUUUGCAUGAGACUGCCUUACAGUCUAAAUAUAUAUAUACAGUAUAUACAGUAUAUACAUAUGUAUAUGUGUAUAUAUCUACAGAAAUAUGCAUACAUACAUAUGUAUAGUGCACUAUACAUAUGUAUAGUGCAAGUAUUCAGACCCCUUUACUUUUUACACAUUUUGUUAAGCUCCAGCCUUACUCUAAAAUCAUUUAAAUUCAUUUAUUCCUUCAUAAGUGUACAAUGACUACCCCUUAAUGACAAAGCAAAAACAGAAUUUCAGAAAUAUUUGCAAAUUUAUUAAAAAUGAAAACUGAAAUAUCACAUUGACAGAAGUAUUCACACCCUUUGUAAUUAAACUUGAAAUUUAGCUCAGGCGCCUCCCUUUCUCUUGAUCAUCUUUGAGAUGUUUCUAUACCUUGAUUGGAGUCCACCUAUUGUAAAUUCAACUGACUGGACAUGAUUUGGAAAAGCACACACCCAGACCUAUACAACGCAUAUCACAGCCAUGUGGUUGUAGGAACUGCUGGCAGAGCUCUGAGAUAGGAUUGUGUACAUGUGUCUUCCCUGGAUAUGUGAUUGUGAUUCUGGGUCUGAUGAAACCGGUAUUGAACUGUUUGGAAUCAAUUCUCAGCAUCAAUCUGAAGGAAACAAGGCGCCAAUACCAUCCCAACAGUGAGGCAUGGUGGUGGCAGCAUCAUGCUGUUGGGGUGUUUUUCAGCAGCAGGGACAGGGGGACUGGUCAGGGUUGAGGGACAGCUGAAUAGAGCAAAGUAUAGAGAUAUCCUUGAUGAAAACCUAGUCCACUCAGUCAAGACAAUGCAUAAUUGACCUAGGGACAACUCUCUGAAGGUCCUUGCGUGGCCCAGCCAGUCUUGACUUGAACCCAAUCAAACACCUCAAGAGAGACCUGAAAGUGGUUGUCCACCGACAAUCCCC